GGCAGAGGCGGUUUCCGGGAUCUGGCGGGGCCUUUGUCUUGCGCUCCAGUUGGAGCUUCGGUCGAGUCUUCUCCACUAUUUAUCCUCACCUGCGGGAGGCCCUGGUGACUCUGCUGCUGCAGUGUCUGGUUUCCCUGUGACCUGCAGGUGCUGGGAGUUACGUAGCUAAGAUGCCAGGACACACCGAAAUCCGGAAAACGGGACUAUUGGCAUUCAGUGAUGUGGUCAUAGAAUUCUCUCCAGAGGAGUGGGCAUGUCUGGACCCUGCCCAGCGAAAUUUGUAUAGGGAUGUGAUGUUCGAGAACUACAGAAACCUGGUCUCCCUGGGUCUUGCUAUGUCUAAUCCAGACCUGGUCACCUGUCUAGAACAAAGAAAACAGCCUGGGAGUUUAAAGAGACAGGUGAUAGUAGCCAAAUUUCAGGAUGGAGUUUUGCUCUUGUUGCCCAGGCUGGAGUGCAAUAGCAUGAUCUCAGCUCACUAUGACCUCCACCUCCCGGGUUCAAGCAAUUCUCCUGCCUCAGCCUCCCAGGUAGCCAAGAUUACACAUGUGCCACCAUACCCAGCUAAUUGUAUUUUUAGAAGAGACGGGGUUUCACCAUGUUGGCCAGGCUGGUCUCAAACUCCUGAUCUCAGGUGAUCUGCCCGCCUCAGCCUCCUAAAGUUUAGUGCUGGGAUUAUAGACAUGAGCCACUGCUCUUAGCCCCUUUCUUCACAUUAUUGUCAAACCGUUAUCUCACUUUUUAAUAUAUAUGUAUUAGUCAUCUUAAGUGUGAAGUGAUAUUUCAUCAUGGUUUUAAUUUGUGAUUGCCUGAUGAUUGGUGAUAGCCCUCUGAUAUAUCUGUUGGCAUUUGUAUGUCUUCAUUGGAACAAUAUCUAUUGGGUCUUUUGCCUGUUUUUCAAUUUUAUUAUUAAUAUUAUCAUUAUUAGUGUUCCUUUUGAUUUCUAUGAGUUCCUCAUAUAUUGUUGAUAUCUACCUUUUAUUUGAUUUAUGGAUUGCAAAUAUUUUCUCCCAUCCUGCAGAUUUUCUUAUUUUAUUGUUUUUCUUGCUGUACAGAUGCUUUUUAGUUUCAUGCAGUCCAACUUGUUAAUACUUGCUUUUGUUGCCUGUACUUUUGAUGUCAUAUCCAAAAAAUCAUUACCACAACCAAUAUCAAGU